AUGAACAUUAGACAUGCUAUUGUUGAUAAACCACCUGUUAAGGCAGUCCGGUUUCUUAAGGUGAGUUUCAACCAGGAUGAAUCCUGUUUUAGUUGUGGGACUCAGGACGGAUUUGUGGUUUUCAAUUCAGAUCCAUUGACUUGUAAAUUAAUCAAAAAGUUUGACGAUAAGGAUAACAAUGGUAUUGGUCUCACAAGGAUGCUUUACCGCACGAAUUACACUGCGUUAGUUGGGGGUGGGAAAAAACCAAGAUAUCCACUAAAUAAAUUGAUCAUUUGGGAUGAUUUAAGGAAAACUGAGACUUCUGUACUGAAAUUUAUGUCUCCAGUGAAGGACGUCUUCUUAUCAAGAGUUUAUAUUAUAGUGGUGUUGGAAAAUAGUAUCGAGAUUUUUUACUUCCAACCGACCCCUACCAGAAUUUGCCCUUCUUUAGAUAUUUAUCCUAAUGGGAUCGUGGAUUUUGUCAUGUCACAAUCAAGGAUACAUAGAAGGAGAUCCAUAGAGAUGGAGAACUCAGAAUCGUCAUCUUCGCUGCAAGGCAUUUUAGCAUUCCCAUCGGCAAGAAGCGUGGGUCAAGUCCAUAUUACAAACCUAUCUCAAUUGAAACAUAGUGACAGCAAUCCUUCUGGAACACGACUUCUGCCAACAUCAAUCAUAAAAGCACAUAAAUCAGCAAUACGGAUGUUGCGACUAAAUCCUCAAGGUACUAUGGUCGCAACUUGUUCGGUUCAAGGCACGCUAAUUAGGAUAUUUAGUACUUUGAACGGUUCUUUACUCAGAGAGUUUAGAAGAGGCCUAGAUCGAGCAGACAUCUACGAUAUGGCUUUUAGUCAUGGUGGUACAAAGCUUGCCGUAGUUUCAGACAAGCAAACGUUACACAUUUUCCAAGUUUUAUCAUCUACACAUCCUCAGAACAACGAAAGCACGAUUACCAAUAAUAAACCUAAUAUGAAUGAUUCCUUCGAUCAUGGCAAGAACAAAGUUCACGCAUUAAGAGAUGUAAUCCCCAACGUUUGGAAGCCAAAAUAUAUAGACUCAAUAUGGUCUAUGUGCAGCAUUCAUUUGACUAAUCCAUUGUUAAGAAGUAGCAGCAAUAACGAUAAUGAUCCAGAUUUUUUACAUGAUAGAUGUAAAAUUGGAUGGUGCCGGGAUGCUACAGGAUACACAAAUGGAAACGUAGCUAUUAAUGAUGAUGAUGAGGAUAGUCUAAUCUUAGUUUGGCAGAAUAGAGGUAUUUGGGAAAAAUACGUUAUUUUAGAAAAAGAAGAAUCCAGCUAUUCCACUUCAGAAACACUAAGAACUGAAAAACAAGAUAUUAAAAAAUGGGAUCUAAUAAGAGAAUCCUGGAGACAGAUCUAG